AUGGGUUUCUCAUAUGUUUUAUUUCCUCUGUGUUUUUAAGCUAAAAAAAAAGGUCAACUAUUUUCAUUUUUUUAUCUUUAAAGUAUAAAUGGAUUUGUUAAUGUCAUUAAUAAAUACGCAUUUCUUAAAAGUGAGUCAAAAAAAAUUAAUUCAUCGUUUAUUUCGACGAUAACAGAAUAACUUUCUAGGAUUGAUCCUAAGUAUCUUCAUGCCUUAUGUAGAAAAAGUAAUAACUCUCAAUUUUUAUAUUCGGCUAUUGUUUAUAAUUUUAAAAUUAAUUAAGCAAUUUAGGCUAAUUUGACUAAGCAUUAUAAUACAUAAAUAAAGCUCUAAAGAUUAAUUCUAAUUACAUCGUUGCGUUACAUUAGAGAGGUAAUAUUUUAUCAAUAUUAAUAGUAUUAAUUUGAAAUACAAUCAUAAUAUAAUUUGUUAAAAGCUUUCAAUUUUUAUUUUUUUUACUAUGAAACAAUUACAUAGAAAUAGUCAAAUAUAUAUUUACAUUUACAUCGCCUAAUGGAAAGUAAUAUGAUGUAUUUUUAAAGAAUUUGUAUUUAAUUUUAGUAUGUAAAGGAUAAGAAACAUGGAUUUGGAGAUUUUACUUUUAAGAUGGAUAUAUCUAUAAAGAAAGUAAUUGGUUUGAAGUUAUGUAACAUUGUAAUGGUACACUUUUAUACAAAAAGUAGAAUAUGUAGAGAAGGUGAAUAGUUAAAAGGAAAAAGUGUAAAAUGGUUGGGUUUAUAUCAGGCAGUUUAAGAUUUUGCAACUUAAAUAAUAUAUCUUUCUAAUUUUGCUCUUAAAUUAAUUUUAUGUGACAUCAUGCAAAUUCUGUGCUGAAAUAUAACAAAUAGUUAUGAAAAUACGAGAGGUUAUAAUUGUUUAUAGAAGAAGAAGUCAGUAGAUGAGUAAAUAGAUGAAGAGACACGAAAUAUUUAUAGUGAAAAGGAAGACAUGAAUAUAGAGUAGACAAAAGACUUUGAUCCAAGUUAAUGGUAAAUUUGGACAUGUAUAUUUAGUGAGGUAUAAAAUAAAAUUUAUAUCCAAUUAGGGAGCGUGA